AACGUUGGCAACAAAAACAAAAAGCAAACACAAAUUUCAAUUUUCCACAGGUCCUGUCUUCUCCUUCUUUCUAUCGCUCUAUAUUUCAAUUCAUUCGGACGUACGCACACAUGGUCUCGCCUCCCCUCUCUCUCUCUUCUUGUUUUUUCCUCUCACAUUGAAGGCGGUUUAUUUCGUGAUUAUCAUUGAGUCCGGCAAUUUUUUCCCAUAAAAGGGUUCUUCCAGAUGCUAAAUUUUGGCAGGAAUAGAAAUCAGUCAAGGUCUACUAGACCUGUCUCUUUUGGUUUAGAUUAUGCGGACCCCAAAAGGAAAGGCAAUUUUGUAGGGAAAAUUCUUUUAGCUGCUUCCUUAACUGCAUUAUGCAUUAUCAUGCUCAAACAGUCCCCAAGCUUCAGUGUCCCCAGUAAGUUCUCCCGGCAUGAAGAAGGGGUAGUUCAUGUGUUGGUGACAGGCGGUGCUGGUUAUAUCGGUUCACAUGCUGCGUUUCGAUUAUUGAAGGAUUCUUACCGUGUAACAAUAGUUGAUAAUCUUUCAAGGGGAAAUUUAGGUGCUGUGAAGAUACUACAAGAGUUAUUUCCAGAACCUGGGAGGCUUCAGUUUAUUUACGCUGACUUGGGAGAUGUGAAAGCAGUUAACAAAAUAUUUUCAGAAAAUGCAUUUGAUGCUGUCAUUCAUUUUGCUGCUGUUGCAUAUGUUGGGGAAAGCACCCUUGAUCCUCUUAAGUAUUAUCACAACAUUACUGCAAACACAUUGGUAGUAUUAGAGUCAAUGGCUGCUCAUGGUGUUAGGACUUUGAUAUAUUCUAGUACGUGUGCCACAUAUGGAGAGCCGGAAAAGAUGCCCAUCACUGAAGAUACUCCACAGGUACCGAUUAAUCCAUAUGGAAAAGCUAAGAAGAUGGCUGAAGAUAUCAUCCUUGAUUUUUCUAAAAACUCAGACAUGGCAGUAAUGAUUCUGAGGUACUUCAAUGUCAUUGGAUCUGAUCCAGAGGGGAGACUAGGUGAAGCUCCCAGACCUGAAUUGCGUGAUCAUGGACGAAUUUCAGGUGCUUGUUUUGAUGCUGCUCGUGGUAUCAUUCCUGGUCUAAAGGUUAAAGGAACAGACUACAAUACUCCUGAUGGCACGUGUGUUAGGGAUUACAUUGAUGUCAAUGAUCUUGUUGAUGCUCAUGUAAAAGCUCUUGAGAGGGCACAACCUAACAAAGUUGGAAUCUAUAAUGUUGGCACUGGAAAAGGGAGAUCUGUAAAGGAGUUUGUCGAGGCAUGUAAAAAGGCAACGGGAGCCAACAUUAAAGUUCAGUUUGAACCCCGACGCCCAGGUGACUAUGCUGAAGUGUAUAGUGACCCAACAAAGAUCAGGCAUGAAUUGAACUGGACAGCGAGGUACACCGACCUCCAAGAAAGUUUAGAAAUUGCAUGGAGAUGGCAGAAAGAUCACCAUAAUGGGUAUUUAUCAUCCGCCUAGGAAACAUUCACAGCCAUUAUUAUAUAAAUGAAGAGAAGGCUAACACAGACCCGGGCAUACCAAGUUAGAGAAGGGGAUUCAUAUCGAGAGUAGAUUCUUUCCCAUUUAUCUUUAUAUUUCGUGUAGUUUUUACAGGGGUCUCAUUUAUCAGAUGUACUUGAACGAUAAUAGCUCAAUAAUACGAUGAUAUGCAUAGGUGCAGGUAUACCGUUUA